GCCAUCUCUAACGGCAUGUACUGUAGAGAGGCAAGGGGGCAGCAAACAGAACCAUCUGCUCAUAAGCAUUGCCUUUGCUUUCUUCCCUCAGAUGAACUACGCCAAGCCAUCGUGGCCAUGAUGAACAGAAAGGAUGAAUUGGAAGAAGAGAAUGGGUCGCUGCGGAAUCUCCUCGACGGUGAGAUGGAGCACUCAGCUGCACUCCGGCAAGAGGUGGACGCCUUGAAAAGGAAGGUGACAGAGCAGCAGGAGCGCCAUACCACAAAGGUCCAGGCGCUGGCAAGAGAAAACGAGGUGCUCAAAGUCCAGCUGAAGAAAUAUGUAGGAGCUGUCCAGAUGCUGAAAAGAGAAGGUCAAACAGCUGAAGUUGUACCCAAUCUUUGGAAUGUUGAUGGAGAAGUUACAGUCCCUGAACAGAAGCCUGGGGAAGUUGCUGAGGAGCUAGCAAGCUCCUAUGAGAGGAAGCUCAUUGAGGUGGCCGAGAUGCAUGGAGAGCUGAUUGAGUUCAACGAGCGUCUUCACCGGGCUCUGGUGGCCAAGGAAGCCCUGGUGUCCCAGAUGAGGCAGGAGCUGAUCGACCUCCGAGGCCCUGUACCUGGAGAUUUGAGCCAAACAUCUGAAGACCAGAGUUUGUCAGAUUUUGAAAUAUCAAAUCGGGCCCUGAUUAAUGUCUGGAUCCCGUCUGUGUUUCUCCGAGGUAAAGCAGCCAACGCAUUCCACGUGUAUCAGGUCUACAUUCGGAUAAAGGAUGAUGAGUGGAAUGUGUAUCGGCGGUACACUGAGUUCCGGGCAUUGCAUCACCAGCUGCAGAGUGCAUUCCCGCAAGUAAGGGCCUACAACUUCCCACCCAAAAAGGCCAUCGGAAACAAGGAUGCCAAGUUUGUGGAGGAGCGGCGAAAACAACUCCAGAGUUACCUACGCAGCGUCAUGAACAAGGUCAUCCAGAUGGUGCCUGAAUUUGCUGCCAGCCCCAAGAAGGAGACCCUGGUGCAACUGGUGCCCUUCCUUGUGGAUGUAGCUCCAGCAGGAGAACCAUUGAACAAGAACAGCAGACCCAAAGUCGUUUCCCGCUUCCCAAAGCUGUCCCGAGGCCACCCCAGGGAGAUGCGCAAUGUGGAACCUCAGAGCGGUGACCUCUGACCUCAGUGGAAUCCCAGAACCCAGCCACUUUGUGCUCAACCUAGCCAUGGCAUCUGGCCCUGGACACCCUGGCAGGAUGACCCUGUCCCCACAGAGGGCACACUCUUCCUGCUGCCACAUGCCACCCAAUUAAACUGGUCAGUUUUA